AUGACUCGGUUCGGUCGGUUGUGGUGGUUGCCACUGCUCCAGUGGCUCACCAUUGAAACAGGAAUUAUUGUGCAGGCCUGGAGCUUCGGUCCGGUUCAAUCGGAAGCCGGAAGGGAUUCCGGACCACAACCCAGCGAGGUGGGAAGCCCGGCGAACCACACCAUACUCACCAGGCAGCUGAUUGUGGGCACUCUGCUGCCACCCCAAGUGGCACCGGGCACCUGGCCUCCAGUGCCCUCCAUUGUGAAUCCAGGAACCAGUUACUGCCAGUGCGUUCCGCCCGGAUCCUGCGCCAAUCCCGUACCCACUUUACCCAGCGAUGGUAGUGGCCAGUUGGACAUAAGGAUUGUCAAUAAUGGCGGUUAUCCCACCAUUCCCACCACUUCUCCCACUUUGACCUGCAGUUAUGGCUUGGUGGCCUGCUGCCAGGCGGGAAGCUACCAAUGUGGCCGGCGAUUUCCACCUCCUCCCGGUUCCUCUGCCGCAGGAGCUGGCCAAGCCAGCUUUGGAGCUUAUCCCUGGCAGGCAGCUCUUCUCACCACAGCGGAUGUUUACCUGGGUGGUGGAGCGUUGAUUACCGCACAACAUGUGCUCACUGCCGCCCACAAGGUCUACAAUCUGGCACUCACCUCCUUCAAGGUUCGCUUGGGCGAGUGGGACGCCAGCAGCACCAGUGAGCCGAUUCCCGCCCAGGAUGUGUACAUCUCGAACGUGUACGUGAAUCCCUCGUUCAAUCCCAGCAACCUGCAGAACGACGUGGCCAUCCUGAAGUUGUCCUCCGCCGUUUCGCUGACCAGCAAGUCCACCGUGGGCACCGUGUGUCUGCCCACCACAAGUUUCGUGGGUCAGCGGUGCUGGGUGGCCGGUUGGGGCAAGAACGACUUCGGACCCACGGGAGCCUACCAGGCCAUCGAGCGGCAGGUGGACGUGCCCCUGAUCCCCAACGCCAACUGCCAGGCGGCGCUGCAGGCCACGCGGCUGGGCUCCUCCUUCGUCCUCAGUCCUACCAGUUUCAUCUGCGCCGGCGGGGAAGCUGGCAAGGAUGCCUGCACGGGAGAUGGGGGAUCCCCGCUGGUCUGCACCAGCAACGGGCUGUGGUACGUGGUGGGUCUGGUGGCCUGGGGCAUCGGGUGCGCUCAGGCCGGAGUUCCAGGGGUCUACGUGAACGUGGGCACUUACCUACCUUGGAUUCAGACCACUCUAACCCUGUAGAGCUGGGUUUUUACCAUUAUAACGUAUUAAAUAAUUAUAAGUUGACCAUGUUAUUAUAGUAAUAAACAAGAAAGGAAGCUAAAAUCUUA